UUAGGCACCCAGUUGACGGAUUCAAACGGUCGGCUCUCCUUCCAUAUUCCCGAUGUACAGCGAUUACCCGUGGGACUUCACCGUUUUCAGCUCCUUCCUACUGUGAUGAGUGACUCCGAGGAUCAGGGUGUAGAACUCACUCUAGCUGUUGUUCCACCAAAUUGCAGUGUGGUUAUCUGCAGCAUUGAUGGCUCCUUUGCUGCUAGUCUUUCACUUAUGGGAAAGGUGCUAAUUUUCUGUCCAUUUCUUCUAAUCUUCUUAAUGUUGAGGUCAAAUUUCGGCUUUUUGAAAUUAUAUUCUAUUCGACUAGGCACUGGAAGCUGUGAGCAUCCUGGCGCAUAUAACCUUGUUGGCUCGUCAAGUGGUGGUGGUGGUAUGUUUACUCGGUUUGCUUUGGUGUGCUUUUUCCCAGUUUUCUUUCCUCCCCUUUCUGAUAAACUGCAGCAGUAG